AGACGCUGAGCAAUGCAGCAACGCCCCCAACAAAACAAAAAAGCUAGAGCUGCUGUUGAAAUAUAGGAUGACUAGAAAGAAGAGAAGCACCGUCGAUACAAGAGCGCUGUUAAUUUGUUUAACAGUACUAGUAUUGCAAGUAAAUGGACAGUCAUCACCAGAAAGAUGCGAUCAGCAUACACUAGGGAGUGGGUCUGGAUUGGACCCGGCUACAAUAUGUGGACAGAAUUCAAUGUGUCAGAAUAAUGCAGAGUGCCUAUGUAACACUGGCUACUUCAGCCCAUCGGGUUCAGAAACAGAUUGUAGAGGGACAAAUGAGCCUGAUCCAAGAUGCAGUAGAUUUAGUCAGGACUGCGUCUAUUGUGGAGCAAACUUUCAAGGCCCUUGCUACAAGUGCACUGCAGUUAUUUAUGACGGACAGUGCCUACAAAGAUGUCCUGAAGGUACACAGUUUGCUGUGGAACAAACUGACAACUUUAAUUCACCAGUCUCGACAUGCAUAGGCACAGCAACUACUCAGGCACUGCAGGACUGGGCAAUCAUUGUCAUAAUAGUCCUUGGCUCAGCUAUACUUAUUGUCAUUGCAAUAUUGAUUGCUGCACUUGCUUGCAGGUGUCUUAGGCGCUCAAAUGUUGGUGAGCUCAACAUUGCAGAAAGAGAGGAGAGAGAAGCAGGGAAAUAUGAUGAGGAAGAGAUACCGAUAAGAAAUGACAGUGCUGAAGAGCUUGAUGGAGGAACAGCAUCUGAUAAUCGAAAAAGUGCAGUUGACGAACACUUUGAGAUUGAUGAUGACACGUAUUAUGUAAAUGAAGAAGAGAGAGAGGAAUUCUUUGAACGACUUGGUGUACUUCGUGAGCAAUCAGUAGUGUUCUUAAGAAUGUUGAAUGACAUGAGAAAAAGAUUGAAAGAGCUGCCCCAAACCUCACCGGCCGUUCCGCAAUACAAAAACGUGAUGAGAGAUCUCACUCGAUUGCUGUACAUGUUGAACAAGAAGCCAGAGAAGGUUAGGAUACCGCCAGAUGGACUACGACUCCUCAUCUGGUCAGAGCAAAUAUUAAACAAAUAUCUUCUAGCACAGGGAAAACAACCUAUAUCAUCACCAACACAAGCACCAUCUCCUCCCAGUGGUUCACCACAAAGGUUUAGUAGCAUCGGAAGCACUGCUGAAACUGACUUUUAAAAGCAUGCACCACCACACAUUCUCACAGGCAGUUUUUAAAUAUUAUGUAGAUGUUUCCUUCAAUACUUUUACUAUGUGCUUCACUUAUGCCUCCUUCCUCUCUCUCUUUCUCUCUCUAUGCUUCUUCUCACUCCUCCGUAGUAGACAUAUUUAUUGCAAAUUUUAUAUAAUACACAAUAUAAUAAUAAUAAUACCUUUGUAACAAUAAUAUUAAUAAUAUAA